CCCUCAUCACCCUCAUCGCCCUCGUCGCCCUCAUCCCUUCCAUCACUCUCAUCCCCCUCAACAUCCUCCUCCUCCCGAUUCCCUUCGACUCUUCUCGUCUAGGUCUCACUUCUUUCAUCCCGUUCCAGCUUUCCCGGCACCCUCCGCUCUCUCAACGCUUAUCACAACCAUCUCCGUCUGGCCCCAUCCUUUCUGUCCCUCUCCUCUCCCUCCCCCUCACCCCCCUUCCCCCCGACGUCCACCUCCUCUACUCAGCCGUCUUGGGCUCCUCAUCCCUACCGUCCCCCAUGUCCCGCCCCGCUAUCUCCUAUCCGAUCCCAACGGACGAGCCACCACCACUGUCCACUCCCUCGGGCUACUACGCGCCGCCGUCUCCGCGCGGCUCACCGGCCUCCUUCCGCGACUUGUCCAGCUCCACGCCUGGAUCGAUGCCAGUCGGCUCCCAACCGGCGGGCGGCUCACACCACGCCGGCGGAUCACAUACAGGCUCAAGCUCGCAUCCACACACCUCGCAUACGGGGCACGGCGGUGGUUUGGGUUCGGGCGGGUCGGGGUUCAGUGGAACUGGAGGGGCUGGAAGCUACGAUGGCGGCAGAAACUCGCGACAGGUCUCGGGACCCCGCGCACCGUCCUCCACCUCCACAUUGGAUUCGUACAUCACACGUUUGCUGGUGGUCACCAAGCAGCUCCUCCAAGGUCUCGAGCAGUGGGCGAAACAUGAGCUGAGCGAGGAGGCGGUCAGCGAUAUCUAUGUCCGGCUCGGAAAUGGUUUCGAGCUGUGCGUCAGCACGUUUCGGCGCGCAGGCAUCUCUACCACUGACCUCGACUCUGUACCGUCUGAUCUUCGCGAGAUUCUCGAGCGCGCCCUAGCGGAAGAACCCACGCAGGACACUUUGAACCUGUACCUGCCCGACAUUCGCGCUAUCAUUUUCAACCUUCUCAAUGGACUGAAGAACAAGCAGAUGGCAUACAAGCGGCACCUUGCGGAGCGCGCACCGCAUCCUGACCCGGUUACGCCCCAACGACCACAGCCGCGGCAAGCAGCGCCUCCGGCCGAAAUGGAAGCGCGCUCUGUGCGCUCAAUGGCAUCGACUGAUGGGCCUACAAGCCCAGCAAGCUUGACAGGCAAUCUCCCAGGAGCGAGCGCCCGCCCUCCGUUGGCCGAGCGCGCCCAGCAUCGCGAGCGUGCACCCAGGCCCGCACCGCCAGACGCCUUCCGACCGUCGCGUUCGCGUCCUGCUCCCGAUGGAAGCGUGCGCACCCUCUCGUCUGGUAGUAUUGAGAGGCCGGUGCCCCGGGCUACCUCGCCCAUCCCUUCCGUGCACUCCGGCUUCGGGACACCUCCCACCGGCCCCGUCGGCCCAGCGACAAUGGUGUCCGCCCCACCACCGGCUCGCCACCCAAGGCGACCAGAGCGCACAUCGCGCGAUAGCGCAAACCCAACCUCGCGAUUCAGCGCAGAUUCAGAUGUGUCGGCCAUCUCGUCGCAGCGCCCGCCUUCGGAUGGUGCGAGCGUGGCUCCAAUGACCACCAUGACCAUGCCUAUACCGAUCCCGCACUCGCACUCGCGUGAGUUGCCAUUACCGCCUGGCGCUGGGCCAUCUCACAUCCAACUAUCUCCGCCGCCAGUUGCUCAAGCUGCUACGACCCCUCCUGUUCCUCCGCUUCCAGCGCCGUCAACCGAGGCUCCGCCCAAGACGCCUCCGCCCCCUUCCCCUGGUAUGCCGGGGCUGCCGAUGCUCAACCUCCCAGAUCAGAAUGAGGAACCAACGGAGACGCUGAAUGGCGUCACCACGCCGCUUGUGAGCGAUGAUGUGCAUCCCGCCGCGCGCUCGAGCUUUGCGCUCCUGCAAAGAUCUGAUGCGCUGGAGCGCCGCGCAUCAAAACGUUUCUCGAGUUACACGUUCAAUAAGAUGGUGGGCACUAGCCCGGGCAAGAAGACGUCGAGUGGGACCGGCUCACCUCCGCGCCCAGCGCGGCGCUCAAAUGUCCACGCUAUCCCGCCAAUGCCUGCGCUCGCCGAGGCUCACACAAGUCUAGUGGUAGCGACGACACCACCCGUGAGCGAGCCCGCUCACAGUCCGGCCGAGAGCGCCGAGCUUGAUUCAACUCCCAGCACGAGCGUGCCCGUGCCGCCCACCGAGCCGACGCCCGGCCGUGUAAACGUCUUCCUUCAACUUGGACGGCAUGUCAAGAAGACCGCCGUCGAGCUUCCGCUCACCAUGAGUUCACUCCGUCUCCUAUUCAUGGAGCGGUUCGAGUACGACCCGGGCAUGGAGGAUUUUCCCGACGUGUGCAUCAAGGAUCCAAGAACAACUGUUCAGUACGAGCUUGAGGACAUGGACGACGUCCGGGAAGGGUGUCUGCUCGUUCUGGACAUUGAGCCUCUCGAUCAGGUGAAGCAACAUUUCGACCUCAACUUCGCGUCACUCGCGCAGGACAUCAAAGAGCUGAAGACGUCACUCGCCCAGUCGAAGCGGAUGAGCACAACAGUACCGUCAGCGAGUUUCUUGGCCGUGUCGCCGGUGCUCACCGCCGCUCCGCAGCUGAUUGACACACCACGCUCGCCGGUGCGGACUGGAAGCGGGCCUCCACCCGUUGCCGAGCUGCGGGCGCACUACGAAGAGGUGCAGAGUCUGCGCCGCGAUCUGGCCAUCAUGCGCCAGCUUCACGUGGACUUCCUUGCGCAGACCAAAGAAAGCUUCACGGCGCUGCGCGCGCAGAACACGGCAAUGCGCGAGGUCGUUAAGACAAAGAUGGGCGGGAACCGCGCACUUCUGGACAACUCCAAGGCCAAGCUCGAAGGUCAAUGCCAGGAUACCAUUCAGGCCGUGGAGGAGGUCAGCGACACGAUCGAUGGGGCACGCGAGGACGCGCUUCGGCGCGGUGUGACCCCACCGCGCGGCCACCUGGACAAGAUCAAGGCCGAUUUGGAGCGCGCGACAAGCCUCGUUGACCAGUUUGCGCGCGACGUCACGCUCGCCGAGCCAACGUGGCGCGCAACCUGGCUCGCCGAGCUGCAGCGCGUCACGGACGAGCAGCGCCUGCUGGCCUACCAGAACAAGUUGGCCACCGACCUCAAGAACGACAUCAAGGACGCGACGGAGAUGCUGGACAAUGUGCGCGCGUUCGUUACGCAGCGCGCAGCACGCCCGCGCUUCCAGCCGCCACCGGCCGAGACGGGGAGCGUGCGCAAUCUGCUCCUCGAGAUCCGCACGAAAGAGAGCGACCCCUCGGCACGCCUGCGCGCCAUCGAAGAGCAGGCGAAGGUGCGCGAGCGGCAGCUGGCGUCGCGCACCGACGAGUUCCAGGACGAGUUGGGCGCGUUUGUGCAAGGUAAGAAACUGCGCAAAACGGGCGGGACGGACGAGGCCGAGCGCGUGCGCCAGAGACGCCAGGACCAGGUCAUCCGGCGUAUGCUGAGUGGUGAUGGGCCGAAUGCGGGCGAGCCGCUCAGUCCGCAGAUCACGGGGAGCAGGAGCGCGAGCGCAUCGGGCGGCGCGGCUCCUGCAGGGGGGGCGGGGUGA